UUCAGAUGCUAUCCCGAAAGUUCCUCAUACUCCCCCCCCCCAUGGAUAAAUCUUUAAAAAAAUGAAAAUAAACCACAAUAUAACAAAUAGAUCCAAGUUCUUUUUUUUAUUUUUGAAGAUUUUUUUUUAAAGAUUUAUUUAUUUAUUAUAUGUAAGUACACUGUAGCUGUCUUCAGACACUCCAGAAGAGGGCGUCAGAUCUUGUUACAGAUGGUUGUGAGCCACCAUGUGGUUGCUGGGAUUUGAACUCUGGACCUUCUGAAGAACAGUCGGGUGCUCUUACCCACUGAGCCAUCUCACCAGCCCUUGAAGAUUUUUUUAAUUAAUUAAUUUAUUUAUUUAUUUUUGUUUUUUCGAGACAGGGUUUCUCUGUUUAGUCUUGGCUGUCCUGGAAUUCACUUUGUAGACUAGGCUGGCCUCGAACUCAGAAAUCCACCUGCCUCCGCCUCCCAAGUGCUGGGAUUAAAGGCGUGUGCCACUAAGCCCAGCUUAAAGAUUUAUUUAUUAUUAUAUGUAAAUACACUGUAGCUGUCUUUAGACACACCAGAAGAGGGCAUCGUAUCUCAUUAUGGGUGGUUGUGAGCCACCAUGUGGUUCCUGGGAUUUGAAUUCCGGACCUUUGGAAGAGCAGUCAGUGCUCUUACCCACCGAGCCAUUUCACCAGCCCUAGAUCCAAGUUCUAAACAACUCAUUGAAAAUGACAAUUGAACGAGAUGAGGAUGUGACUGCUCCAAGGAGUGGUUGAGAAGGUUUUUAUUGUAGAUGUGAGAGAGAGUACAGCCAGAAGUAUCUGGAAGAGUCUAUAGAGCAGGGAGAGAAAGUAGACCGAACAUGGGCAGCAGAAUAGAAUGGGCCAUGGGGGUGAAAGGUAGGUAGCUAGAGAGGGUGCAGAAGAGAAAGGACCUAGAGGACACAUGGCCAACAUGGCAGGGCUGUCUGGGAGAAUGGAGAAGUUAAGGGUAAGGGGCAGGGUGAGAAGAGCAGAGAGGAGCUACAGGUACUGAGUGAGCCUGGAAGUCAGCAGACAUUUUUGUAUGCUAGUAGGUACCACAGCCAUUUGUCCAGAGUUUUAUUUUGUACCUGACAAUAAUUGAGAUGUAAUUUAAAUUUUUUUGUUUGUUUGGUUGGUUUGGUUUGGUUUUGACUUUUCAAGACAAGGUUUUUCUGUAUAGCCUUGGUUGUGCUGGAAUUUGUUUUAUAGACCAACCUGGUCUUGAACUCAGAGACAUUCAAGCUUCUAUUUCUGGAGGCCUGGGAUUAAAGAUUCAUCAGUGGGAAGACUAGUUGACUGUACAUUGGACUUGGACAUGGAAGCUCAUCUCGCAGAUAUGGAAUCAUCUGGGGGUCCAACUAGUUCUUUAGCCGGUACAUCUAGAAACACACAUGUGGAAGAUGAUGAUGUUGUAUUUAUUGAAUCAGUACAGCCUCCAAUUUGUGCUCCAGCAAUACCUAAUGAAAGAAACUUUGUAUUUGCUUCCUCAAAACAUGAAAAUCCACCAGGAACUGAUUCCACAAUUUCCCCUUCUUGGAGAGAUUUGACUUCUCAGAAGGGAAAUCUAUGUGAAACAAUUGUAAUUGAUGAUGAAGGGGACACAGACACAAAUGGAGGGGAGGAGAAAAAUCCUACCGACUUUAUUGAAUGGGGACCGAAUGGAAAUAAAAGUAGUACCAAAAAUGUGGAUUUCCCCAUUGCCAGUCUAUCAAGAAGCAAGACCAAGACUGCAGUAGGACCUUUUAAUCCCGGUAGGAUCGAUGUCACGGAUGCGUUUCAGAAUGGAAGAUUUGCAGUUCAUCACAAUCCUGAUUCUUGGAUCUCCCAGUCAGCAUCAUUUCCUCGUAACCAGAAACAACAAGGGGUGGAUUCUUUAUCACCAGUGGCCUCACUUCCUAAACAGAUAUUCCAGCCCUCGAACCAACAACCCACUAAACCAGUUAAAGUCACUUGUGCAAACUGCAAAAAACCUCUACAGAAGGGGCAGACAGCUUACCAGCGAAAAGGAUCAGCUCACCUCUUCUGUUCAACCACCUGCCUUUCUUCUUUCUCCCAUAAGCGUACUCGAAAGACACGGAAUGUAAUGUGUAAAAAAGAUUCUCCUGUGAGAACCACAACUAUUGUUCCUCCAGUGGAGUCAAGCAAGUCCUUACAAGGAUUUUAUAAUGCAUCGCUAUCUCCCUAUGAAAACUGCCAGAGUCUUAGGAAAGAAGUUUUUACUAAGUCAAGAUGUAUAAUCUGUAAUAAAUUAGGAGAGGUUCGCCAUGAAAUCAGUGUUAACAGUAUAACACAUAAGCUGUGCAGUAAUAAUUGCUUUAAUGAAUACAGAUUGACGAAUGGUCUAAUAAUGAACUGCUGUGAACAGUGUAGCAAGUAUAUGCCCAAGAGUACUGGGCACAGCAUUCUGAUAACAGGUCAGCAAAAGAGAUUCUGCUGCCAGAAUUGUGCUGACGAAUAUAAAGAGAUAAUGGAAGCAAAAUCAAAACUACUGCUUUUACAAAAUAGAAAAAGGAAUGCUAUCAGAGAAGAAAAUGAAAAACGAUUACGUGAAUCAUCAGGUACACUUUCAGGAAACACAGGAGACAUACCCGAAAAAAAGGAAAAGUCUUCAGAGAUAAUAAAAGUCGCAGCAGACUGUAGCCUAGAUACAUCAUCAGAGGAACAAAAUGUGAAUUUACCUUGUUCUGUGGCAGUAAUAUCUGAUACAUUUAAAGAGCAACUAGGAGACAAAAAUUCAGAGGAAUUGGAUAUGUCCAUUUUACCUUCUUUGGAUCCAGGUUCAUGGCCCCGAAUUUUGAAUAUGAAACAACGUGAAUUUCUUGUCAAAAACAAUCCACCUCAAAUAAGAAAUUUUAAUUUUCCAAAAGAUAGUGCAGGCAAGAAGUUUUCAGAAACGUAUUAUACCCGAAUUCUUCCAAAUGGUGAAAAGGGCACCAGACCCUGGCUGCUCUACUCAGCCUCGAAAGACUCUGUGUUUUGCCUGUAUUGCAGACUCUUUGGGGAAGGAAAAAACCAACUGAGAAAUGAGAAUGGGUGCAAAGAUUGGCAUCAUUUGUCACAUCUUCUUAGUAAACAUGACGAAAGUGAAAUGCACAUCAACAAUAGUGUUAAGUAUUCAAAAUUAAAGUCUGACUUGGAAAAUAAAACCAAUGAAGCUACAGAAGGUGGGGAAGAUUGUGUGCAGCUACUGUACACAUAAUGUCCUGUCUGCUCUACUUAUGGCAGUGUCUGCAGUACCCAGACAUACACUGUGUAAGAGGACCUUACAGGAGCUCAUUAGCAAUAUGUCUAACAGCAAACAAAUAGUAAAAAAUGCUCCUGUUCUAAACCUAAAAGCAAUUUUCGAGAGUGUAGUCAUUCUUGCAGACUUUAGCAAAGGCAGUUUGAGCUUUGUCACUGUUAGGGUUUCCACCUUGUAAAAUGUUGUUGGAGAACUUGCACUUAAUGGCCUAAGAGCAAGAGGUGGCAAGAUGCAUAUGUAACAAGCUAAAGAAAAUGCAUUCAGGCCACAUGGUGGCGGUGUGCACCUUUAAUCUCAGCACUCAGACACAGAGAGUUGGAUAUCUGUGAGCUCUAGGCCAGCCUGGUCUGCAGAGCAAGUUCCAGGAGAGCCAAGGUAUACACAAACCCUGUCUUGAAAAACCAAAAAGAAGGAAAAAAAGAAGAAAGUGCAUUCAAACAGCUUAAGAAGCAACAGCUGUUUGUUAUUAAACCAAAUUGAGUUUUAUUUCUUUAAAACAUUUUUUGUGCAAAACAGUUAUUUGUUGUGGUAAAUAGAAGUAAUUUGUGUUUUAUUGAUUUUAUAUUUCUGUUUCCAACUUAAUGUGUAAAUGUUUUAGUUUUGUUAUGAGAAUUAUAAAGAAUAUAUAGUUAUUAGUAUAAAUAUAAGAAUUAAAAUGUGGUAUGUAUAUGUGUGUAUACAUAUAUAUAUGUAUGUAUAUAUAGUUAACUUUUCAGUGUUGUUAAUUUUUCUUGUGAAAGUAUACUCUAUGUGUGAAAUUUGAGAAAGUAUGAAUCUAAAAAAAAAUUUCUUCAGACUUGAUUUAUUUUUGUUUUCUUGUGUAAAAGCCCUUACUUAUAUGAAACUGAGAAUGAUGGCACUCAGGAGGCAGGGGCAGGUGGAUCUCUGAAUUCAAAGCCAGCCUGGUGUGCAGAGCAAGUUUCAGGACAACUGGGGCUACAUAUCUCAAAAAACAAAGAAAAAACUUGUGGUAGCUACAACUGGAGCUUGGGUCUUCUGGAUGAAGAUUCUCUUGUGGGUUUUCACAAGUUUGUCACUGAAUUCCUGAAAAGGAGACUUAGUGAUGACAGUCUCUUUCCAGAGGCUAGGGGCCAAGUAGCUGUAGGUGUUAGGGUGGCCUCAACACAAUUGCCAAGGGUGGCAGGGCAACCCCUGACUGAUGGUAACAGUAAUCAGUACUGGCUGGCCACCAGCAAUAGCUUCUUGGGCACAGGAGCAGGCACAAUACAAGUGUCCGUGGAGACAGGGAAGAGAUGUACCAACACAGAGGCACAGUCACCUGUUACCUUGCAUAGAACUGUGGCGCUUGUCAGUCUUGUUUCUCCAGUAGCCUCUCCACACUGGGAGAGUGGAAAGCUUGGCCGAGAUGAUGGUGGCCUUUUGGAUGGCAGUGGCUACCUCCUUAGAGCACCUAACACCAAGACCAAUGUGACCAUUGUAGUCCCCAAAAGCCUUUACCUGGACCGAUGCUCAGCCCUCGUCUGCUCUCUGCACUGGCAUGGUCUUUAGAGCCUCAUCCUUAAGUAAAAAGUCAACUUCAGACUUCCUAAUGGGCAGGGAGAACAAACAGGCAGGUCUCUUCCAGGGACUUGGUCUUCAUGUCCUUGACCAGGUAGUCCAGCUUGUUCCUGUCCUACCUCUAAGAGCACCACGGCCAUGACCACUACUACAGCUCCCUGGGCCUCCAAGCACUCGAGCUAUACCAGCUUCAUUGGUCAUUUGACGUUUUCCUAAAGAAGAAGCAAAUUUUCUGAUGGCCAUCUAUGGUCCUGAUCAUGCAUUUGAUAGUUUUUUGGGUUUGUUUGUUUGUUUGUUUUUGUUUCUGAUUUCUGAUGUUAAUUUUAUCAUCUGUUAAAUUCUUAGGGAUACGUGAGCUUUGUUUUCCUCUUUAGGGCUUUUCUUGCAAAACAGUGUCAUUAACAAUGGCCUAAGAAGAUGCUUCCUUCUGCAUGGAGAACAAUUGAGGCUCAGUCAUGUUGCUCUGUGACAGUAUUUUCUAAAAUACCCACUAAAACCAUUGUAGGUAAAUUAUACCUUUCCAGGCAGAGGAUGUAGUUUGGUUAGUAGAAUGCUUGCCUAGCACACAAUAAACUGGGUUUGAUCUGCAUUGGCCAUGUGGCAGCAGGCCUAUCACCAUAGCACUCUAGUGGUAGACACAAACAGCAAGUGUGAAGCCACCCUUGGGUUUAUGAAUCCCUGUCUCCAAAAGAAAGUUGCUUUUAAUCAUUUGGGCUUGGAUCUAAGUGAGUCAUGGUGGCUGUCAACUGUAAUCUCAGCACUAGGGAAGGUAACGAGGUGGGGGAUGGGGGCGGGGAGGAUUGUUCAUAAUUCACGGCUAAGCCUGGGAUACAUAAUGAGUUCUAGGCCAGCCUGAGCUAUAAUGUGCUAUUCUCAUAAAGAGAGAAACUGGCUGAUUUUAAUGUAAAUACAGCUUUGUGAUGGCUUCAAAAUAUCACUACACUCAGAGGUCUACAAGGCUACUUUAGAAAAUAUAACACUUUAAAGUUUUAUGUGUAGGAGUGUUUUGCCUGUAUGUAUGUUAAAUGUACCAUGUGUGUACCUGGUGCCUGCAGAGGCUAGAAGAGGGAGGUACACCUGGAACUGAAGUUAUAGAUGUUUGUUAGCUACUGUUUGAGUGCUAGGAACCAAGCCCAGAUUCUAAGGGUCUUAAAGGUUCUCCUUGCUGUCUUGAUUUGGUGGUGUGCUGAGAACAUCGGUGUGGAAAUAGCAUCAUUCUGCUGUUGGAGUGAUCCUCUCCACUAUCCACAUACUUAUUGUUGAAAUUCUUCUCAGGACAGGGUUGCUCUGUGACUUGAAUACAAAAGUAUAUAGCUUGCCGGGCCUUGUGGCGCACGCCUUUAAUCCCAGCACUCAAGAGGCAGAGGCAGGUGGAUUUCUGAGUUCGAGCCCAGCCUGGUCUACAGAGUGAGUUCCAGGACAGCCAGGGCUACACAGAGAAACCCUGUCUCGAAAAAAGAAAAAGUAUAUAGCUUGAUAUACUCGGUUUCUGACUGGCAUUCAGACAAAGGUGGUAGAAAAUCUGAUCCAAUUGUGGUGUUCUGUCUCCUGGGAAUCAGUAUUGUGUAUACCACUUUCAACUGGAAAUAAAAAUUGGGUCCAAGUCC